CGGAGGGAGAAAUUAUCCGGGGGGGGGGGGGGGGGGUUAGAUCUAGCAGCACCUCCAAUGGGAAAAAACAGCCCCAAAUAUGGAGGCAAAUAAAGGGAUGCAAAGAUAUCCCCCCCUCCCCACUCCCCCUGCCCAGGAGGGAGUUUAAGUGUGCUCUGCUCCCAUCGAGCAGCCCGAGGGCCGGGGCUCGCUGUUUGCUGGGUGUUUGCCGUAGCUCCCCUUGGCCAGCCAUCCCCUGGCCCUUUGCGGGGUCCCACGCAGCGCCGGCACCCCCAGGUUGAGCAGCUCUGUGAUGCUGGCAGCUCUCCCCGGGGCUGUCGCACUGCUCAGCGCUGUCGCCGUUCAGAUGGGACUAGAAGAAAACCAGCAUAGCUGCACUGCCCGUUCCCUUUGCGAGGCGGCCAGGAAGGGCUGCCGAUGCGGCUGCCAGCCCGGCAAAUGGUGAUGCCACGUUAGCUGCCGGCGAGAUGAAGGAACGACCUGCUGCGGAGGUGGUCCUGAGCCGGUGGCAGGGGUUGCCGUGGCUGUUCCGCACCUGGGAGCGGGCAGCGCAGAGAUGCCGGCAGCCACCUCGGGUGAUGCAACACGACAAACCUCCCGUCCUGCCGCAGCCACGGGGAGAGCAGCAAGGAGGAGGACGAGGAGGGUCGCGACUCAUCCUGCCCCCGUGCACGCUCCCAUCCCAUGCGAGCCGCUCGCUCCUUCGCGGGAAAGGCCUGGCAAGGGGCAGGCAGGGCGUGCGGCAGCUCGGGGCUGUGCGUACGCCACAGCUGAAGGCGUCGCGAGGGCCACGUCCGUCCGCAUCUGUCAGCAGCAGCUGCCGGCUGCCGUGCCGUGCUGCCUGGGCGAGUGAGCCGGCAGCAGAGCCCAGAGGGGUGAGCACAGCCUUUCUGAAGCCUUCUCUUCCCCCCUGCCUCGCCAAGUCAGCGCGAGCAUCCUCUGUUUUGCAACGUGUUCUGCAGCCCAUCUACUUCCUCAUCGAACAAGCAAGUUUUGGUUUUUUUUUUUUCCUUUUAGGGGAUGCUGCUUUAGGAUGCAGGGAGGUGGCCGGGGUGAGACUGGCCACAGUUCCUCUGCCAACACGAGGGGAAACGAUGCAGCAGGUUCGGGUCAGCUGUGUGCCCAUUCAUCAAAAAAAAAUGCAACCCACUUCAGCAAGCAGAACUGGCCUUUGUGAGAGACCCCCAGGCAGUGGGGAGCAAGCAUGGGGGCUACAGCUCCUUGGCUCCUGCAACCGGUCCCCCGAGGGGUACCUCCUCCUGCCAUGGGGACCAUCCUGGGUACCUCCAGCCCCCCCCGGCUGCCCCCAUAGGGACGCAGCCUUCCCACAGCAGAUUGAUCCCCAGCAGCUCCCGAGGUGGCAGCCCUGCAGCUGCCCAUCCUGCUUGUUCUUGCCCCACGCGAGGAGCCAGCAGGGCCCCAGGACGCGCAUCUCCAGCCCAGGCACUCUAUAGGGGCAGAGCACGGGCACACGGAGGGACUUUCCCACCUCCUCAGUUCCUAUUUUAUUGCCAAACUGAAGCAUAAAACACACAUAAACAAAUCUAAUGGCGAGAAAUGGGUUGCUAUCAAAUCAACAAAUUAAUCUAAUUAUAGGGCUGAUUAAAUCAUAUCAGAUAAACCAGCAACUCCUUCCCAGUGCUCAGCAGCCACGCAAGGAGGGAGGCAGCCCAGCUCCACUCUGCUUUUGGGUCCGGCUGAGCUAUGGCCAGGGCAGGGUCCUGCCUCCCAGGGCUGGCAGCAUGCCGGCAGCCCCGGCACGGUGGGGAGCACUGAGACCCCUCUCCCUGGCGCUACGCAGGACGGCACAGCCUGCUGCGGUGCAAAUCUGAAUGGCAAAUGCGGAUGCAAAGUACAUGAUUUCUCGGGAUUAAAGAUGCAGCUCUAGCCUGCGAAAUGUAUGCAGGAGCCGUCUUUGGAGCGAGAUUGCUUAAACCUAAGUCUGCUUUAGGUAUUUGAGGAACAAUUUUAUCGGUGCUGUUUGCAGAGCUUUGCCGAGCUUUUUCCACCUCUCCGUGCAUCUGCACAUGCCAGCACCCAUGUGCACGUGGGAAUGCACUUGUGCACCAGCGCCCACGUGUAAUACCCUCCCUGCCAGCCAGCUGCUGGAGAGAAAAUGCGUCCUGUGUGAAAGGCAAAAGCUCUUUAUCGACCGACAAUACUCACGGCAAUGCCUGUGCAUGCAGGACCGCUGGCAGGCUUCACCCAGGAAGGUGCGGGGCAGCUGCAGACCUUUGCUGAAGGGCCUGGUGGCUCUGAGGCUUCACUCAAUGGACUUGUUCCCCAGUUCCUGCAGGUGUUGAACUUCAGUUCUUGCCUCUUGCAAGACUCCAGAUGGGAAGGUGGAGAAAGCACCGGUGUGCCUGCCUGGCCAGGGUCAUGCAGGGUCCCUGCAGGCUCACACGAUGUUGCCACACCUUGGUGCAUCUCAGUGAAGAAGGAAAAUCCUUUUCAAAGCGGGUGCUGGCUCUGGUUUCACCUGCCUCCAGAGGGUGGCAGAGGUUUCACUGCCACUGGCAAGUUGUUUUCCUCUUUUCAGGGCAUCCUUUGUUCCCAGCCAUGGGUUAUAUCAGCUCUUGAUUCUCCUCCUCUUGCUCUUCUCUUAGCCGAGUUGCUCCGUUCCAGGAACAAAGGUGUCAAGCAAUGAUCUUUUUUCUUCUAAUGGAAGAUUAUACCAGAGUGCUGUCAAGCUCAGCAGAAGACGAGAGGAGCUUGAGAGCCCUGGCGCAGUGCAGAGCUCUUACCCCUCUUGAGCUUCCUGGUAGGUCCCACUUUGACCCCUGGCUUUACAGGGAAUGCUGCACUGGUGCUCUUCUCCUUCACACCCCGGUUCAGGCCAUCCUGGACAGCAUUUGGGGGCCAAGAAAAUACACAGCAGCAGGUAGAGCAGAGUAUUGCCUGCUUGUCAGAGCCAAGGGCAUGGUGGUAUGGCUGAGACUGGGCACAUCUUGCCAUCACCCUGGCAAGCGACACGCGGUGCUGCAUCUGCAGAGCUGGCGGAGAGCAUCCCUGCCAGGAACCAGCCUGAGGGAUAGGAUUAUGCAACGGGCACUUAGGAAGAAUAAAGAUGUAGCUAUGACGGGCCCAGCUGCGUGGAUGAGCCCGGCAGAGAUGAGAGCAAACCCUCCUUUCGUGUUCAAAGGCACCUCUCCAUUGCCUGUCCCCAGCAUGCCAUGGCUUGGCAGCACCUCAAGGGCUGGGGUACCAGUGGGGAGCAGCUGGGGUGGGCAAAGGAUGUUCAAAGCAAUCUUUUCCUAGGCAAUAAGCUCAGCUUCGGACAGUGUCUCACUACUAUUUUUUUAUUAAUCAAUCCUCAAGCUGUCCUUAUGCCUUGUAAAAGCAAGUAGAUAAUGCAAGCACCGGCUCAAGGAUGCUCAGCUGCAACACCAACACCCAGAGCCUUCGCAGGACGGAGGGGCACAAACCGUGCCAGGAGCCUGGGUGACACAGCUAUGGGGGUGCGGGGGACAAUCCUGGAGUGGUCCCGGAGUGGGAUUUAGGCUGCUGGUGCCAGGGUGGGCAGUGAUGGGGACACUGCAGGUGGUGCUAGGCUGGAUGCCCCCUGCCCAGCCUUGCCAGGGGAGCACAGCUCAGGCGGAGGGGACAAAGCAGCCACCUAAACACGCUCCCAGUGCCCUCCAGUGCUCCCAGUGCCCACACCCACCCACUCUGGGAGUGUGUUUGUGUGCAUACUUCUGUGUGUAUGCAUGCAUGUGCAUGUCUGUGCAGAGGUGCAUGCGUGUGUGCACACAUGCAUAUGCAUACGCAUCUGUGCAUACAUGUGCAUACAUGCAUGUGUGUGCACGUGUGCCCGUGCAUGCCCAUGUGAGGGUUGGGGUGUGCACGGCUGUGCACACGGGUCGGGGGGAGCUCUGUUGAGAGGAACCAUUUCCCAGCCUGUGCUGAUGCAGUUUAGCAAUCAGAAUAACUUUGCUGAUGAAUAUUUAAGCUGAGCGCUGAAUAUUUAAAGCAUUCAAUUAUUUUAAUGGCUUCUAAGUGUGACAGCAGGAGAGGACAGGGGAACGGCUGCCCCCAGGUCCGGCACCAAGCCCACGGCAGGGCAGGCAGACAGGGGUGCCGCAGGCAGACCCUGCUCGGAGUGGGGUGGGGGUAAGCGUGUCGUCCCCAGCAGGGUGGUGGCAUCUUAGGCACGCUGCUGGGGAGCUGCCGGUGCCGAGCACUGCUGGCUGCUGGUGCAAGCCCUGCCAGAGCUUGGCCGGGUGGGCAGAGCCCCAGCGGGCAGGAGGAGAGCUGUGCCCUGCCAUCCUGGCAGGCUGAGCUCUGUCCCACUGCCCUAAUUCUUGCAUGAGCAACCUCGGCAUGUGCCAGCACCGCAUGGUGCCAGCCCCCUCCUCUCUGCCACCAGCAAUGCUCCUGAGCUGCGCCUGUCCCUGUCCCCGUGCCAUUGUGCCACCACGGCAGUGGAAGCACCCGUGUGCCCCUGCACCAGUGCCACCACCAACACCGGGACACAGCAGCCCUGCAGACACCCCCUGGGAUGCGAGGGGCACAGGGGCAUGCAAAUGGGAAGCCAUGGCCUCCAUCACACCCCAAGUCCCCCCGAAAGCAUGUCGGUGGUGACGGGAGUGGAGCGUGCCCACCAUGGCUUGUCCAGCCCGGCAGCCUGGCCCCACGGCUGGGUCCUGCCUCUGGGACGUGCCCCAGGCCCACGGCAGGGAGGGUGGCAGGGAGCACAGAGGAGCGCUUUCCCAAUGCGUGCUCCUGCAGCCAUAAAUAUUCAUAUUCUUAUACUAAUUUUCCAUGUACUUUUCUGUCACAUCCAAUUUUAUUUUAAUUUCCCUUUAUAAACCUUCACAGCUAAUGCACUCUGUGCUCCCAUGAUUACCCCAAUCAGCCGGCGCUUUAAACACAAUCCCUGCAGGCAGCUCUUGUUGGAAGCUAUAGGAUCACUGAGCAUCCACACAUGAGUUGUGCACACUUGGCAGACCCACUCACCAGGGCUACAGCAGAGCUCCUUUGCCACCCUGCGGUGGGCACAGCUCCUAUCAUGGUGGGCACGGUCUCUGAGCUGUGCUGGGCUUUCUGCGGUGGCCAGACCAGAGGACAUCUCCAGAGUCUUGUGCCUUUCCAGUAGCCUUGGUUGUAUCCGUGUCCUGCAGCGAGCAUGUUGCAUAUGAUUGUGUCUUGCACGGGAACACGGCUGUCCCGGCCACUGGUCUUUCCCUGGGCAGGUGGUUUGGCAGAGCCCACCUCCAGGUACCCUCCUGCACUGCAGCCAGCUGGCAGUGACACCCUGCCUGGGGGCAAACCCUGGCUCCUGGAGCUCCUCGAGAAGAGGAGCAGAGGGUAUGCAGGAUCACUGUGCUGGGGCUGCGCCGUGCCAGCCAGCACGCCAGGGCUGUGCCAUGCCGGCUGCCUGGGCUCAACAGUGCCGUCCCUGCAGGGAUGUGCUGUGCCAUGCCGAGCAGGCUGCCCAGGCUCAGAGAUGUCAUCCCCGCAGUGUCAUGCCGUGCCACACAGUACAGCCUGCUCAGGCUCAGCAGUGCCAUCCCUGCAGCACUGUGCCGUGCCGUGAGGUGCUAUGCUGCGCCAAGCAGGCUGGCCAGGCUUGGCAGUACCAUGCCUGCAGGGCUGUGCUACCCCAUGCCAUGCCGUGCCGUGCCAUGCCAUGCAGGCUGCUCACGUUCAACUGCUCAGGCUUGGCAGUGCCAUACCUGCAGGGCUGUGCCAUACCUGCAGGGCUGUGCCAUGCCGGCUGCCCAGUCUCAGAGGUGCUGUGCUUGCCAGGGAGUUACCACAUGUGUGCGUGUCAGUGUGUCCUGGGUUCAGCUGGGAUAGAGUUAAUUUUCACAGGAACCUGGGAGGGGGCACAGCAGGCACAGCUGACCUGGACUAGCCAAGGGGGUAUUCCAUACCAUGUGACAUCAUGCUCAGUAUAUAAAUGGGGAGUGGGCUGGGGGGCCUCUCAGCUUUCGGUGGGGGAAUUGGCGGAGCGACAGGCUCCGGGUUGUGAGCAGUUGCACUGUGCAUCACUCAUUUUGUAUAUUCUUUUAUUAGUACCGUUGUUGUUGUUGUAACUUCUCUUUUUGUGUUGCCCCAGUAAAUUGUCCUUAUCUCAACCCUCGAGGUUCCGUUUUUUUUUUUUUUUUUUCUUUUCUCCUUUCUGAUUCUCCUCCCCAUGCCCUGUACUGGCAGGUGAUGAAGCUGGUGUCUGUGCCAUGGCCCAGCUGUUUGCCACACAGCUUGGGCAGCUCCAGCCAUGUCCUGUUCACUGCAUCCCACACGCUUCCACCUGCCAGCCGCUGGCAUCCUGGCAUGGCUCGGUACCACCGCACCACCGCUCCCGCAGCACUGUGGGGUUCCAGCAGCCAUGGAGGCACCAGCGCUGGCUAGGCAGUGCCGGCAGUUGUGCCAAGGCUGAGCCAGCUGGCACUGCAUGUGCACGUGUGUCCACACAUGUACCCACAUCUGUGUGUGUGCAUUGGGGUGUUUGUGUGCACGCACUGCUCGGUCCCUCGCUGGGGACCCCGAGCCAGCCUGUGACUUGGGCACACAGC